AAAAGCAUCCCGGCCGGCUCAGUGCGGUAACUUAGGAGCAGGCGUCGAGAAGCGCAGCAUCUUCUGACAGUGAUCAUCCAUCUUCAACCAUGGCUGUUCAGCCCGUUGUCACCUUUCAGCCCGGAACAGCAUUAGCUGUGGUCAACCAAAAACCAAACAAAUGGAACUCGGGACUCUUUGACUGCUGCGAAGACAUGGGCAUCUGUUGCUGUGCCUUCUGGUGUUAUCCCUGCUUCAUGUGCAAGACAGUCAGCGAAUAUGGGGAAUGUCUGUGCCUCCCACUUCUUGAUUAUUCGGGUAUCCAUCCAAUUUCCCUCGCUAUGCGCAGUUCCAUGAGGGAACGAUUCUAUAUACAGGGCUCCAUUUGUGGUGACUGCUGUGUCGUGGUCUGCUGUAACUCCUGUUCCUGGUGCCAAAUGGCCCGUGAGUUAAAACACCAGAAGAGGCCCCUCAUCAUCACUGCACAAAGUGUGCCCCCCCCGAUGGCUCCCGGGUUGUAUCCCAGCGUGCCACAUUAGCAGAUGUUGAGGAGUCGGAACUUUCAGAAGAGGCAUUAAGAUGAAAUGAACAGAAUGAAUUCUCUGUUAAAAUUAAAUAAAUAUCUUGGUCAAU